AUGCAGAUAUUCAUACUUGCUCUCGCCCUCGCGGCGUCCAUCACCGCCUUGCCAACUUCGGAAAUCCGUGCAACGGAAGACAACCAGUGCUCCAACAUUCAGAUACCAGUCACGGUCUCUGAGAAGCGGUCCAUCCUGAAUAUCACCAUCCAAGACGACUGGGAUGCGGCUGCGCUCACUUUCAACCUGACAGCCAGAGACUUUGGUACGCCAGAUGACCCUCUGCCUAUCGUUGGCGAGACAUCCUCGGCGGUUGGGGGCAACUACACCGUAGCGGCGACUCUGUGCGGCACGGGAAGCACAAUGCUCGUGGUGACACAUGGCAUCAUCGAGUCGAAAUUGUAUUUUCAGCCUAACUUGUCCAACGCAGAACAGUACAGCUUUGUGGAUGCUGCACUGGCCGCCGGUUAUUCUGUGCUAAACUAUGAUCGCAUUGGCGUCGGUUCCUCUUCAAAGGUUGACGCCUACUCCGAUGCCCAGUUCCCAGUCGAGGUAUCCGUCCUCAACUCCCUCGUCACAUACGCGCGCCAGACCACCGGCGCAGACAAGGUCGUCCUCGUAGGCCACAGCUACGGCGCAUACAUCUCCGUGCAGUCGGCCGCCACGCUGGCCACCUCGGUCGACGGCCUCGUGCUCACGGGCUUCAGCGGCACCCUCGAGUACUUCGCCGCCUUCGGCGCAGGCGUAGGGUUCCGCGUGGCCAGCCUCCAGGACCCGGCGCGCUGGGGCGCGCUGGGCACGGGCUACCUGACCUCGUCAGACCUGUACGCCGAGACGUUUGCGUACUUUGCGAGCCCGUACUUUGAGCGGCGCGUCGCAGAGUGGGCGUACGAGGUGGAGGGCGAGCCGUUUGCCGUGGCGGAGCUGCCGACGCUACUGGCGACGGAGAUUGCCUAUGGGAACGUGACGGCGCCUACUCUUGUGCUGCAGGGGCGCUAUGAUACUUCUGCUUGUGGGGGGGACUGUGUUGGGCUGCUGGAUGGACUGAGUGCAAAUUUUACGGGGGCUGCGGCUUUGCAGACUGUGGACGACCUGGACUCUGGACAUGAUCUCUUUCUGCACAGGGUUGCGCCACAAGCGUUUGAGAUGAUAUUUGACUUUCUUAGUGCACAGGGAGUAUGA